CUUUUUUAUAUAUUCUAGAAAAAUUGGCUCGAUUCUCUUUUCUACUUUCUCUAUCUCAAACUAAUUUAUUGUGUUUUUACUUAUUAUUUAUUUUUAUUUUCUUUUUCCUAAUGUCUUUGGCACAGACGAUGCGGCGACAGAGAAACAACGCAAUAGACAAUCAUCUCUUGUGUCUAUUAUUUUCAGAGAAAGAAACGGGAAGAGAGAUGAUUGGCUAUCGUCAAGUCGUUUCUUUACACGCGGGUCAUAUUGCCACAUGCUGUGUGCAACAAUCAAUAGUUUUUCUCUCAUCUCUAUACAUUGUUCUGAGAAAUUAUAUGUACCAGCUAGUUAAUAUAAAUCGUUUAUGUCACAUUUUCUAAACUCGCGCAAUAUUUUGAAAUGCCUCGCAAUUCCAAAUGCAAAAUACACCGCAUUCUACGCUCUCUUCCCUCCUUUUUGUUUCUCGCUUCCUAAAUGCCGCGUUCACGACUUCUCGUCCUCUUGUUCGACUUUCGAUUGAUCCUUUCAUCAUGCUCCGUCGUAUAGGUGACACGCAAUGCCGGUGCGGCGUUAUCGUUGAAGGCGCGAAUACUCGCGUAAUAGAAUAGACGCGGCAGAGGCGUUGGCAGUCCGCGAGUUCGACGCGAAUCGCGGAAGUGCGAGGAGUGCGUACGAUUGUGCAUCGGCGGGGGACGCGAUGACGUGAGAGGGAAACUAACGCGCGGCGGAGAGGAGGGUGUGCAGGACCGAAGGCAUUCGGCGAGGCGAGAAGUAGGAAAAGUGCGCGCAGACACGCGAAGCUGGCGGCCCAGGCACGUGACGGCGGCUCCCGCGGGUCUCGGGCCCGUCGCCGGGCCAACGGCGGGUCGCUCUCCAGCCGUGGCAGCGCCACGGGGAUGCAAUGCGGCCUGUGUGCUGUCGUCGCCGGCCUGUUCCGUCGGGCCAUGUGCAUCGCGGGCAGCCGACGCGGCUCCGGGGAGUCCUGCUACCAGGAAUUGGCCACGGAUGUGCAGGGGCGACGACACUCGCAGGUGGAGCACGCGGAGACCGGGCUCGUCAAAGCGAGCGAGAUCGCGGAGAGCGUGAAAAGCGUCAUUCAGGAGCAAGAGAGGCGGACUGCCGAGAUAACAGUGGACAGCGAGGAGCAGAAUGCGGUGUUCGUCCGUAUCUCCGAUAGCAGCUUAUUUCGUAAUUCCGGCACAUCGACCACGUUACCGGAAAUCCGUGAUGAAUCUGCGACGGAGACAGCGUUCAGACGUCUAUCGAACGCGGACCGAAUCCUGCUGGAGAGCCUGGACGUCGGUCGAUACAGGCCCAGGCACACCGGCCGAUUCCUGACGAUGCACAAGAGACGGCGUAAGAAGCUCGCCACCAGAUCUUUGAGUCAGGAGUCCGGUAUCCUGGAUGACAUUUUCCACGGGCUAGUACAGUGCGUGUUACAAAGAGCCGGAAACUGGCGAUUUAAUGCUUUCACACUGGAAACCGUCACAGGUGGUCGUUCGCUACCGGUAUUGUGUGUCCAUCUCUUUCACUGGUAUGGACUUUUAAAACACUUCAGAUUGGAUGUCGUAACAGUAUGGAAGCUAUUCGCUUUUAUCGAGGAGGGUUAUCACAGUACAAAUCCUUACCACAACAGUAUACACGCCACGGACGUCACUCAGGCGAUGCAUUGCUUCCUCCAAGAAAAAAAGAUAAAAACACACCUAACAAAUUUAGAAAUCAUGGCUUCCUUGAUAGCGGCUGUAACGCAUGAUUUAGAUCAUCCAGGUGUCAAUCAGCCGUUCCUGGUCGCGACGAGUAAUCAUUUGGCUGCACUGUAUCAGAAUACCUCUGUUCUUGAAAAUCAUCAUUGGAGAUCGGCCAUAGGGUGUCUUCUGGAGAGCGGCGUCUCGGCACAAUUACCGGCCGAUGUGAGACCAGAACUUCAACGGCAUAUCAGUUCGUUGAUCUUAGCGACAGACAUUACGAGGCAGCAAGAGUUUCUCACACGUUUCAGGGAUUAUUUGAGCAACAAUUCGCUCGAGAUGAAGCGCGCGGAGGAUCGUCAUUUUAUUCUGCAAAUUGCCUUGAAAUGCGCCGACAUUUCCAAUCCGUGUAGACCGUGGGAUAUAUCCAGGAAAUGGUCUUACAAGGUCUGCGAGGAGUUCUUCAGGCAGGGAGAUUACGAGCGUCGUUUAAAUCUUCCGGUGACACCAUUGUGCGACCGCCACACCACCAGCAUCCCGAAGAUCCAGGCGGGCUUUUUCAAGCACGUUGUCACUCCUCUCUACGUGGAAUGGCACCGUUUCCUCGGCGACGGCCUGAGCGUAUCGCUGAUGGAGUACUUGAAGACGAAUCAGAAAAAGUGGGAGGCGUUGAUCAACCAAGAGGCGGCCGAAGAAACGGAGACCGAAAUUUCCGAGCUGGAUGAACCGGAGGGCGCCGUUAGUUCGGGCGAGGAAACGGCCGCCGACGAGGAUUCGGGCAGUAUCGAUUUACUGAUACCGGCGACUUUGCAAACAGGACGAAUGCCGACGCUGCCAGGACGAGUCGGUCUCGAUCGCGUCGGCCGGCGUCACUCUGUACCUUUGAGCCUAUCGAAACCGUUGAGCCUGCCUACGCGCCAGGCUGCCAGAAGAGAGAGUCUGCCGAGCGCACAGAUGAAAACGAAGAACAUCUUGCUGAAAUUGGAAGAUCAGAGUCUGUUGGAGCCGAGCUCCUUGUCCCUACUGUCCUCCCGAAGCAGCAUGGCCGAAUCGCCGAACGUCAGCGCCACCGCCGAGAGGCCGGUCAGCGCGGAAAAUCUCCUACCGGAGACGAGCAUAGCCAGCAUCACCAGCAGCACCGAGGCGUCGAGAUUGAGCACGGUCUUACAAUCGGACAAUCAGCCCGGCGCGCAAACCAAGCAACUCACGCGGCAACAGACCUUCCCUCCGCUGCAGCCGUACGCGAGAACGAGAUACAUGUCCGCGACCGCGGAGAUGUCGCAGUGCUACACUCAGGUUCUUCUGGAAGCCGACAGUUCUUCUAGUUGUUCGAGCCCCGCGAAGGAGAAGUCGUGUUCGAGCGGGCGGUGCUGCUCGCCACCGUCGCCGCACGAUCCCGCUGCGUGCCGACAAAAGAAGCCCAACACCCUGAAAAUUCUCUCCAAGGAAUUUCUGAUGGUGGACAUGCCUGCGAAGAGACGGGGCUCGACCUUGUCGGACACAUUUAGACAGAAGCACGCGGACAGCUCGGAGCGUCGCCACUCCGUGCAGACUAUUCGCACCGACGAUUCUUUCUCCAAGCAUCGGCAUAAAAGGCCUUCCUCUGCUCAAGAUUCCGACUCCACGCAGAUGUUCUACGCCACACUGACGGGUUCUCACUGUGAGAAGGACAGUCGUGUUUCCGAUACGUCGGUUGCGCAGUGUAAAUCGGAUUCGGGCUGCAAUGCCGAACGUAAGUGUCGCGACGCGAAGUCGACGAUUCAAGAAUCACGGACUACGUUGUCGUCCAAAAAGACGGAUCAAUGUGCUUCAUCGGCUAAGAGCGCGUGUUCCGAACACGAGCCGCGGAGAUAUUCGACCCCGAUCACAGAGUGUAGAACGAUAACGACCGACAGUGCAGGUAGACGUUACACCACAAUACCCGUGUCUUCUGAGCUUAGCACUCACAAAGUGUUCUUUAUCGGUAGUCCUCCCGAUUCGCCGCCCCGUAAUCAUAGUGUGUCCUCGUCAAGUGACAGUGGUAGUGAGCCGAAAAGAAGUAUCGGUGAUAUGAGUAACGAAGCUGUCGUCAUCGGCGGCAAAAGGGAAUUGGAUUGCAUGAAGGAAAAGAAUUCCAAGUUCGCGAAGCUGAGUCCCGACAAGCAGAUGAAGGAGAAUGUCGAUCCUCGUACGAACGACGACUUUGCUAAAGCAUUGGCAUUGUCCCGUAAGGGUAGUCAGGGAUGGGCAAGGAGACGAGGGUCAGCUCCGGUUGGUCUUCUCGCAAGAUUGGACGAUUUCACUCCAACUUCUGUAUCUUCAAGAGUCGAUCAAACUUGUAGGCGUGGAUCUGUGCCGACUGAUAUCACUAAACAUCAAGGAGGUUGCAAUCGGCUUGCGUUAGGACCUCGGGGAGGGGAGAAUUGUUCGGCCCUAAGAAGAGCUAGUCUUCCGCAAGAGACUGCACUGGGAAAUAUUCUCACUUUGGCUGGCGAGCGUGAAAGCUUCUCGAUGAACAAUAACAACAACAACAAUAAUACCAGCAGCAGCAACAACAACGGCAUCAGCAGACUGUUCGACAGCACUGCUUCCGGGAUGCUCUCUCCGAGACGAGGAUCAGUGCCAGCAGACAUAUCCGAGUUACGUCGCGAUCUGUUCAGUAGAAAUAGCGUAAAUAACAAGUCGCGCAACCGCAAAAAGGUUCUGAGGAGACGGAGUAGCGGUGGCCCGGAAAUGUUCACCGCGGGAUCCAACGACGGGAACGAUAACGGCACGUGGCUCAAGUCGAAGAGGGAGAUAGGAAAGCGCGAACCUGUCCCCGAAGCGCUUAUCAAGCGAAGAGGAUCCCUACCCAUUGAGAUGGUGGCUGUUUCACAUGCUGGAUCAACAUCGGCGCCACGCAAAUCUAGCCUGUGGCGGCUUUAGCGUGCCGUAAAAACAUGAAGACCGUCCAUGCUACCAGCGAUUAACGUCGGAUCGCUACCACGACAGUCUUUCCUCGAAUUAUCAGCAGUAGCGUCAGCGACGAUUGAUUACUGAAUUUCAAGAUUGCCAAUACUGAAGACUUUCUUGUCGAUUAUGAACGUGAGCAGAUGAAUAUUAUAUAUAAUUACAUUUUCGAUGAUUUUAAAUGUUAGAUAUUGUUAUAUUGUUACGCGGACGAUAAACCGAUCUGCAUCUGAACCGCGAGUUUGGUUAACAGUAAUGUCGAAAUAAUUGCGAUACUAUAUGUAUUCUUGCCUGUGCUAGACAAAUCGAAAUUAGGUGGAAGCUUCGUUUUUGAUUAAUCGAAAAGACGUGAAUUUAUAAUAUUACAUGUAUCGGCAUAUCGAAUAUCGAGAUGUUAGAUCGUAUAAUCAAUCAAUAUAAUCGAACAAAGGAAUGUACAGAGCAUUGUAUUUCUAAAGUCUUCCUCGCAAUUUAUGUGUCCGCGUGGAAGAAGUAAGAAAAGUCCUUGAAAUAAGAGCCACAUUUAUUUGUGCCAUAAGAGGCAUCCAACAAUACGAGAAUUGUUUGAAAUGCGAUACUCUGAAAGCAAAACCUGUAUAACCAUGGCUCAAGUUAAACUAACAGAGUUUACUAAGGAAUAAAAGAGAGAAAGAGAGAGAGAGAGAGAGAGAGAGAGAGAGAGAGAGAGAGAAAACAGUCAUAUACACAGGGUUCAAUAUGACGAUUUUUUAAUAAUUAAAAUGCUUAGGAAUGGAGAAGGAGAAAAGACUGGUAGAGAAACUCGUCGUUAUAGAUCUAGACGUUAAAAGAAAGACGUAGAUCGAACAAAACGAAAUGACAUUUGCUCAUAGAUAGGGAAAAAUUUCGAUUUUUCGAAAAACUCACGGCAGGAUAACAUUAUUUGCAGGCCAUUGAUUAGCGAAUCGCGGUGCAUCUCAUUUGUAUUUAUGAAAUAGUCUCUUUGGCAUUUUUUCCAUAAUUUAUAUUCGUUAACAUUUUACAUCAAACAUAUGUAUAUACAAGCCAAUAGAAGGGAAAGAAAUUUUAUUGUAUUUUUACAUUGAACAUAAUUUGAAAUAACAAAAGCUAUUAUAGCUGGCUCCUAGAAUGAAUAUACUCAAUUUUCUUGGAACGAUUUUCUUUGACGUUUUAUCAGUUAUAAAGCAUUCCACGGAAAAAAAAAGAUAGCAUACAAUAUAUAAGAUACAAAUUAGUUGAAUAAUAUAACAAUAACAAUAAUAAAAAUAAUAAUAUAACAAUAAUAAAAUAAUACUAAAAAUAAUAACAGUAAUAGCAACAAUAAAGUUGCCAUUACUACUUUUAUCAUCGUUCACGAUUUCGUAAUCAUCAGCGCAUCGCCAUCAUCAUUAUCAUCGUCGUUGUUGUUAUAGUUAUAACGAUGUUCAAAUAAAUCGACGUUUUACAAUUAGGCUAUAGUGAUAUGUGCGCCAUGUGCGGUUUAUCAUGGAGUUAAUUAGUUAGCAAAACAUGUUGUUUAAUUAUAACUAUUAUUUAUUAUCGACGGUUGCGACGCAUAGGUUUAUAGUACGUGAAACAGGAAUAAAUCAAAAGAUAACAUAAAGGUGCAUAAACGCGUAAUCUUUAAAAGCAAAAGUUGCGUUAAUGCGAACAUAUUUUCAAUACAGAUAUUAUUAAACUGCCCUUACGUAAAUACGAUAGCUGAAUGCGAAUUCAGGAGAUACCAUCCUCAAUGAUACCUGUAUGUUAUUGAAACUAUCAUCGGUAGAGAGAGUUUUGAUAACGCUGUUAUAUUUACAUUCGAAAGAGCACAAGGAGCGGAACUUUGACUCUUCGUCGUUAAAAGUUCACGUUUUACUUCACGUACUGCUACAAACCUGUCGUCUCUCAGACUGUCCGAAAGUAAAACAAAUAAUACUGCUAAGUCAUAUAGAAACUCAAGAAUGAAGAGUAUCGAUUAUAAGUUUUACAGUUAAUCAAAAAUAAUCAUUGAUAUCCGUAUCGACAUUAUAGAUAGAUUGUCCGUUUUUAAGGAAGAGAUAUUUGCGAAUGCUAGCGGUCUUUCUCUCAUCAAUUUUCCAAACUUUCUCGAUCCAGCAGCUGCCAGCGCUUUAUAUGUAUUUCACUUUUUUGACCAGAACUGACUUAUUCGAUGAUGUCACGUCACUUUAAUAACUUUAAUAUGUACCGUAACGAUAUUUUCUACCGCUGCAAAACAUCUGAAACCAAUAAUUUUUUACCGUAUCGGUAAACGGAGCAUGCGACAUCGUACGACGAUGAAAUAUUGUACGAGAGUAUAUUAAUAUUUUAAGUUAGCGUCAAAUUUCCUAGUCUUUCGAAUCCGUAAGAAAAUAGUGUAUAUAUAUAUAUAUAUAUACACGCGUCAUGCAAUUAAUAUUCAAAUAAUACCACGAAAACAUUUGAAGGAAAGAAGAAAUCGAGAAAUUUAAUUAACAAAUUUAUUUAGUAAAAACUUCUUAAGGGACUUAUCUUUACCAGACAGACCAAUCAAAUGGGACUAAACGAGAAACUCUUGUGAAAGCCGUAAUUAAGCUUGCUUGGAGUAAAUACGAAUUCUCAGUACUUCUGUACAUGACCACGCUGUCCAAAAAAAAAAAUCACUUUUUGAAGAAUUUAUUGCACUUAUAGAUAUACAUAUUCCCUUUUAUCAUACAAACCACCCCCUUGCUCCACUAAGGCUUAAUCGAUGUUCUUUGAGACUAAAAAAAAAAAGAAAAAAAUAAAUAAAAAUUCUCCGAAUAUUUCUCCUCUGCCGAUCUCUAGAUACUGUGUAUUUGUAUCGUACGAUUUUCUAUGAUUACCAUUCCCGAAGGGAUGUUAAGAAUUAACGAAAUGCAGUAAGAUUGUGAGCUUAUGAAACAAGAAUUUUGUUGUAUCGAUCUAUUUAUCGCGGCGGAAACAAUGAUCGGUAUGCGUUGCAAUGGACUCUCACUGUAGCUCGUUAAUGAUUACUAUAGGUGUGUUUGGUGUACGGAUGUAAUACAUAGCAAAUAACGCAAGUAUCUUUUGCGAUAUCAAUUCGGAUAUUGGUAUUUUUCACCAUUACGUUUUUAACCGGCGUAAAUGCUGCGUUAAUUUACCUCUCUCUUGGGAAUCCUCACUGUCAUUUAAUCAUUUAAUUACGAUAAACUCUUCAUUGUGUCAGUUAUUUAACAAUAUGUGUAUAUACAUUUUUCUAGACGAACUAAUUUCACAGUUCAAAUCUUUAUGCAAAAUAAGUUUCUCGUGAAACUAAAUUGAUAACUUUUUUAUCAAUAUAUUUAUAUCAAUUGUGUAACGUUAUCAGAUGGUUGUUGUGUGCGCGCGCGCAUGUGUGUGUGUGUGUGUGUGUAUGUGUGUGGUAUCUCGAAAUAUUAAAUAAAAUAAUUUUUUCGUUCUUUACACCUCUUUAACAAUGGCGUUACUAAUGUUUCAGUGGUUCAAGGGGAUAUAAAUGAUAAAUAAUAAUUUUGACUCUUAUCGUUAUUGUCUUAUGUGUAAACGAUAUUCCCCAAAUCUAAAAAUUUUGCAAACCCGUGUAACUGGCGAGCAAGCAAGUGCUAUUUGCGCAGAAUUCAUAGAAUUUACGGUAAUGCGAACAAAGGGUUGUACAAUAAUAAUCGUCAUCGGAAUGCGUUUUCCGCAACUGUGCAACUUUCACAACGCAUCACGCUCAUUCUGUCGGUUUCGAAUAUUUUAUGUUUCGAACGCCCAUAGACGAGCAUAAAAUUUCAGCGCAAAUCGCAGUAUUGGAAAUGUCAAUUAAAGAAUUCGCGCGCAAAAAAAAAAAAUGGGUCUGUUUGAUGACAAGAAAGUUAUCGUGUAUUUUCUAUAAUGUUGGUGGUAGAUAUAUAUAGCUAACUACGCUAGAUGCAAUUAAAUGAUGUGUUCUUAUCGUUAUCUGUAAUUUAACUAUAAUAUCGUUAACGACAAAUACGAGACUACAUGGAAUAAUAUACACUACGAGAAUGUGCGUGAAUGGAUUUCGGGAAGGAUGAGCGAGCGUGUCCUUUAGAUAGUUGUCUCGAUUGGCUAUAUGACGACGUUAUCAACAAUAUGUAUGGUGGUUCUAAAUGGCCUAUUAUAUUUAUUAGACAAACGAUUAUACUAUUGAUAGUAUGUAUGGUUAAUACCCGAAUUUUUCCAUAGUCCCUUGGUUGUACCGAUUAUUUAUUUUGCGAGCGUAUAUGUGAUUUUAUUAAUAUUAUAAAGGAGACACUCACGCGUUAUAUUACCAGAUUAGAGACGAAUAAAAGCGAGAGACA